AUGGUCAAGAGGGGAGGCGCGUCCAAGUUCCCCGUCGCGAGGAUAAAGAAGAUCAUGCAAGCCGACGAGGAUAUUGGCAAAGUAGCACAGGCCACGCCCGUAGUCAUCUCAAAAGCCCUCGAGCUCUUCCUAGUCGAUCUCGUCAAGUCCACCGCGGCCGAAACGCGCUCCAGCGGCGCCCGCAAAGUCACUGCCUACCACCUCAAACGCGCAGUGCACACCCGCGACACACUCGACUUUCUGAAAAUGAUCGUUGACAAGGUUCCUGAUCCCGUG